AUGGUUGAAAUUUAUAGUUUUUACAUAUUUUACCGGUUUAAAUUAAUUUAUUCAAAUUUAUAUAAUAAUAAUGUAAAAAACGCCAUUGAAAAUUUAACACAUUCCACCACAUCUCAUAAUUCCUCAGAUGUCGAUGGAUACAAGACUUAUGAGAAGUUAUUGAUUGGCUUUCUGAAUGGUCUAAAAUCAUUUAGUAAAACUAUUUGUGAAAUCAAUGAGAUUAACGGCUUCAAAGGUUUAUCUACCUCUUAUUUCAACUCUUGUACUACACAUGAAUAUAAAAUACAUUAUUUCGAGACAAUCACAGGUUACAAAUUAGUAUGCUUUACUUCGUGCGAUGUUCCAAGUUUAGAGGACACUCUCAAGUUUAUUUACAUUGAUAUUCUGACCAACUUGAUUAUCGUAAACCCUACCUAUGUUGUGGGUUCUAGAAUCGACUCCACAGAUUUCGACAAGUUAAUUAAAAAAUCACUUUUAUCUAAUCUUUAA